AUGAAACGCUUCGAAGCUCCUGAUUCCGAUUCCGGAUCUUCAUAUUAUUCUGACUCAGACCCCUCUGCAAAGAAAAGGAGAAGGUCUUCAUCUUCUUCAGACUCGGCAGACUCAGGCUCCAACGCCAUUGGUGACACGAAGUGCCAGCCUGCAGGGCUGUUUCUCAACCAGCUGGCAGUGAUGGAGGACGGAACGAGAUCUAAAGAGGAUUCAGUGUAUGCGCAAAGUGGGAAAGACCCAAGCCGGAUAAAGGCAGCUCUCAAAGAGCCAUGCUGCAAAGCAGGAUGCAAAAAGGGACUUUGUUUCAGACUCGUUUUGAACAUGGUCACAUUGUUUUGGGCAUUGCCAAAGGUGUCUCAAGACAACCUGCUGUGGGCAAUGCAGCAAACAACUCACCCACAAAUGUCUGACAGUGAAGAUGAGAGUUUGUCUGGCCAAGCGCGGCACAAGAUCUCAUGGAAAUUGGAAGGCCGGUCAGUUUGCCGCCAAGCAUUUAUCAAGAUCUUGGGCAUCAGUGCUCCCCGUUUGGUUCGUACCAGACAUACUUUCAAAGGUAUCGAUGCGAGAGCAUGGAGCUCUAAGGGCCGUUGUGAAGCAAAUGCUUCUGCGUCUGUCCUGACCUUCCUGGAGAAGGUUUACUGGAGCAUUGGUGAGACAUUGCCCCAUGAGCUUAACAUCGAGGGGGUGAAAAAACUGGACACAGAGGGUGCCAGGGAAGAACUUCUCAAGGCGUUGGUGGACAGUGCUCUAGAAAGCGAUUUGGCUCGAGGAGUCGUAUGGUCUGGGCCAGGAAGUCUUCCGAGACGAUGGCUCCCGCACGGGUCAUAUCAUGAACUGUACACAUUGUAUUGCGCUCACCAAAGUACUGCAGGUGAGAAGUGUGCAUCAGCCAGCACGUUUUAUAGAGCUCUUUCCACUUCAGGCUGGUCGAAAAAACUGCGCUUUAGCCCACCCUCUGCACAUAGCAAGUGCAGUGUAUGUGCAAAGCUUCGAGCACAGAUUCAGCACGCGAAAGGAAUUCAACAACAUUUGGAAGCGUGUGACAAACUGUUACGGCACCUUGCUGGGCAAUAUGCAGACCGAGAAUGUUACUGGACAUGUCGGUCGAGGGCCAAAACAUCUGGAGACCUUGUAUGCAUCAUCACCGAUAGCAUGGACCGGAGUAAAUACAGUUUACCCCGGUAUCACAGGGGUCGGGCGCCCAAGGAUGUAGAAACCACGAAGCGGCCAAACUGUGAAGUUACGACAUCAAUUGUACACGGCGUGGGGAUUUUCACCUACAUCGCUGAUGAGGGCCAGAGUACCGGUUCAAACUGGACCAUAGAAACACUCAACCGGUCAUUGCAACACACCCACAAUGUCUAUCAGAAGUGGAACAAACCAGUUCCUGGAGUUGUCAAAAUAUUUGCAGACAACACGCCCAAAGAAGUGAAGAACUCGAUCAUGGGCAGCUGGUGUUCCAUGAUGUCAACGGCAGGGUUCGUGAGAACUAUAUCUCAUGAACAUUUACCUGUGGGUCAUACUCACGAAGACAUCGAUGGCUACUUUGGCUUGCUAUCUCGAUUCAUCAAAGAAGGUGAUGAAAAUUUGCAGAACCCUGACGACUUGGUUCAGCUUUUGAUGCAGAAGGUCGCGCCUCUCUUUACUAAGAAAGGUUUAGAAUUCAAAGUGGAGUAUGUCACAUCGAUCCGAGACUGGCAAGGAACCCUGCCCAACAUCAGCACCCUGCACGGUGCCUAUCGGCGGCGCACCAUCAAGGACCAAGAUGUCAUUCCACAUAGUUUCACCUUCAUCCGAAGGGAGUGUAUGCCUUCGACUUUGUUGGAGAGGGCUGAGGAACGGCUCCCAUCAUGGUAUGUGAAGACUCCAUCGGACACGUUUGUUCUGGUCAAAGCAUAUGUGAGCGACGAUCAACUAUGUCAACCUCCACUUUUGGUUUUACCUGGUUGUAAAAUCCAAGAUGUCAGCCGUGCAUUGCACAAGCUUGCGCAAACAACUGCCCCAUGCCUACAGGUGUCCAUGUCUGAAGAGAGACAGCAGGAACUCAAUGAGUUAGCUGAGUACUUGUCUGCAAAUUUCCCCCAGUAUAUGAAAGGGGUGCACUUGUUGCAACUUGCUGGAAAGGUUGCACUGACACGUACUGUGCCCAUGAAUUUGGGAUAUAUUUUGGCCGGUCCGUCGCCUGCUGUGCAACGGGGCCAUGCACAGCUCCAUGAUCCGGAGCCUCACAAUGUUCGCAGGCUCCAAGUCCGAUUCCACAGGUACUAUUGA